AUGACGAUUUCAUCGAUAUUAAAACAAUGGUUGACAAUACAUAAGUACUGGGUGGGAUGGGCGUUCUACCCACCAGAACCAAGUACCGGUGUACAGCCAGUACGUGGUACUGUGCCAAUCUAUGUGCCCAGUCGUGUGAAAGCGGAGAAGAAUUUUGAGGAUAUAAUGGAUUUUGAGAAUCCGGGAAUGAGCAUUUCAGAAUGGUUGAAACUAAUCAUCGAGGUGUUUAACCAUAAGCCUUAUCUGAGUAUUGUAUUGACGAAACCGGACUGUCUUUUUGAUAUGAAAUCUAUUAGGGAUGCCGUGAAAGGAUUCAACGCGGACGGGCUCGCUUUUACUGAGGAGUGUGGCAUAGAGUGUGCACAGCUGGCUUUGAAGAACAUGCCAGAAUCAAAAACUGUGCUUUUCGAAGGUCCCUCUUUCGGAAAUCCAGUUGAGUAUCAAGAUAUGCUCAUUCAGAAUGUAAAACGUCUUGUUAUUGGAUCUUGUCAUAAUCUCCAUUCUUUUGAUCUGAAAAUCUCUUUGGAUGAUAUACUGCUUAUCAACAGCGAAUGGAUUGAGAUUAUUUCAAGACACAUCACCGACAAGAUGAUCAAUCGAUUCCUCAAACACUGGAUUAAAGGUUCAAACCCAAGAAUGGAGCAUAUGAGAAUCGAGUUCGAACCGAAUAGGACUUUCGAUAAAGACGUGAUUCUGAAGGGUCUAAAAUAUCGCAGAGCCCAACCAAUCCGGAAUAUUUUUAGGAUGAUAGCACUGGGAGUGGGCUUAGCGAAAGGAGGCGUCGAUAUCCGCCGGAAAGAUGGAACGGAAGGAACGAUUACAUUUAUAAAAAGCAACGGAAUUAGUUCCAUUGUUUUUUAUGUGUCCAAUUGUUAUGGUUUUAAUUGA